AUGCUUUCGGCACCUCGACGAUCCCCCGGCGUGCCCAAUGCUUCAGGAAAGCUGCUACUUUACACGGUCUCAACGUAUGACUUUACAAGCCACAGCAAGACUUCCCAGAUCCGGGUGCUGAGCAUUCCUGAUGGUCACUCACACUUGGUGUCCGAGGAUGCUUCAGCCUACGACCCAGUCUGGAUUGGCGAGGAGGAAAUCGCCUACUUCAAGCCGAAUGAGCGUGGCUGUACUGCUUUGAUGAAUCAGAAUGUUUUCCAGCCAGCCGAAUCCGCAGAGAGGAUCCAGUUCUUCGCCGGCAGUCUUGCCAAUGCCAAAGCGAAGAGACUGGACAACGGCAGCGUGUACUUUUGCUGCUCAGCUCCGACAACCCCCAAGGGCGAGCUUUACUGGCCAGCGGCCGAGCCGAAGAGACACUCUUCUGCCAAAAUCUACACCUCCCUCUUUGUCCGACACUGGGAUACCUGGGCGUCUGAAAACGAGAACUCGCUGUGGUUCGGCAAGCUGACCAAGCGGGGGGGGAAGUGGGCGUUUGAGAGCCCAAGCCUGACCAACCUGCUGGCCAACACUGGUCUCAGCAGUCCUAUUCCGCCCUUUGGCGGCACUGGCGACUUUGACAUUUCCAAGGAUGGCAUCGUCUUUGUAGCCAAGGACCCGAAGUUGAACCCUGCGAGAUACACCAAAUCCGACCUUUACUACAUUCCCUUUCAAAACGGCGCUGCCUCCAAGGACAAGGGGCCUCAGAUGAUUAAGACGCAGGGCCUGCGGGGCUAUAGCAUGUCACCAGUAUUCUCUCGCGAUGGCAAGAAGGUGGCGUUCACCCGCAUGAAGUCGGAUCAGUAUGAAGCAGACAGACCGAGGCUCCUCGUCGUCACAGACAUCUCUGACUUGGACUCCGUGGAGGAGUUUUCAGAGUCACAGGAGACUGCGCAAUGGCGACCAGACUCGGUAGUUUGGGGCAAAGAUGAUCAGAUGAUCGUCGUAGCCGAGAGGCAUGGGCGCGUAUCCCUGUGGGAGCUGUCGGCGCGAUCGCUGAAAGAGGGCAAGUCGAAAACCCUCUUCCAAGAGGGCAGUGUGUCGGACGCCAAGUUCUUGGGCGACAGCUCAACGCUCCUGGUCACCUCCAGGUCGCGGAUCGAGAAUUCCUGUUACUCAAUCCUGAACACGCAAGACGGAUCGGUGCGGGAACUAUCCUCGAGCUCCAAGCGUGGAAAGUCUUUCGGGCUCAGUAGAGAUCAGUGCUCGGAUCUUUGGUACAAGGGCGCCGCGGGCUACGACGUCCACGCCCUCGUCAUGACCCCUUCGAAUUUUGACAAGUCAAAGACUUAUCCAUUGGCUUUUCUGAUCCACGGUGGCCCGCAGUCGGCGUGGAUGGACGACUGGAGCACUCGAUGGAACCCUGCCGUGUUCGCGGAGCAAGGCUACGUUGUGGUGUGCCCCAAUCCAGCGGGCAGCACGGGCUACGGCCAGGAUCACGUCGAUGCGAUCACGGAGAACUGGGGCGGAGCUCCGUACGGGGAUCUCGUGAACUGCUUCGAUCUUCUGGAGAAGGAGGUCAGCUAUGUUGACACCAAGAACGCAGUCGCCCUGGGAGGAUCGUAUGGAGGAUAUAUGAUCAAUUGGAUACAAGGGCAUGACCUUGGCCGCAAGUUCAAGGCCCUCGUCUGCCACGACGGCAUUUUCUCGACACUGAACCAGUGGGCUACCGAAGAGCUCUUCUUCACCGAACACGACUUUGGCGGCACUUUGUGGGACAAUAGGGAGGCAUACGAGAAAUGGGACCCUGCCAGUCAUACUGGUAAAUGGCAGACGCCUACGCUUGUUAUCCACAGCGAACUCGACUAUCGUCUGCCCAUAUCGGAGGGGCUGGCCAUGUUCAACGUGUUGCAGGCGCGCAAAGUGCCCAGCAAGCUUUUGAUGUUCCCUGACGAGAACCAUUGGGUUUUGAAGCCAGAGAACUCAUUGGUGUGGCACCGGGAAGUCCUGAACUGGAUCAAUCAUUUCAGCGGCAAUGCCAAGGAUUCUGCUUUGGAGGCGGAAUUCGAGAAGAUGCAUAUCCUUCGCGCGACUGGAUAUCACGGCACUUCGCCUGCAGUGCUCGACGCCAUCACAGAUCUUGCGGCGCGCUACCUGUCCCUCCUGUGCGAGAAGACGGCCGGGCAUGCAGUUCACAACCAUGGCGACGCAGGCGACUAUACCAUUGUCGAAGUGCGCCUCGCGCUCCAGGACCUGGGCGCCAUGCUACCUGAAAAGUCCCUCGCCGAGCAGGAAUGGCGUGGCGAGGAGGACCUACGAGGCGUCGAGGAGUUUGUCCAGUGGUUCAGCGGUGAUCGCAUGAGGGAGAUCAUGGACUUUGCCAAAGGGGACAUGGAGUCUGACGAAAUGGACUAUCUGAGUGCUCUUAAGAAACGGCAUAACAAAACGGAUGAUGGGAAGUUUCAAGGCACUAUCCUCGGCAAACCCGCCGACCACGAGAACGAAAUCGAGAUCGAGGGCGGCGGCGGCGAGCUCAAGACGAUAGAGGACUGGAUCUCCAAGCGGACAGGACGCACCAAGGACGAGGACGACGAGGUAGUAGGGGACAUGGACCUCGCAUAG